CACGAACCAAGCAGCAGAGCCACACCACGAAGCCACAAGCGACAAGUGACAGAAGAGGAACAAGCAAGCAAGAUGGGAAACGCAUGCGCCAAGCAGAGUGGAGAGUCCACGACGGCCCACCAGGCCCCUAAGCAGGAGGACAAGGUGGAGCAACCCCUCAAGCAAGAGGAGCAAGCUUCUGCGGCGCCGGCGUCGGCGCCUGAGCCAGCCGAACCAACACCGGCGGAACCGGCAGCUGCCAAGGAGAAGGAGGACGCGACGGAGGGCGGCGCUGACCUGAGCAGCGACGAGGGUGUUGUGAGCACGGUUGAGAAGAUCCGCAAGGAGCAGCCGGAGAACCGCAUGGCCAAGCACUUUGAUGCCGGGUACUUCCAGGGUCUUGGGGAUGCCGAGAAGAAGGCGCUUGUGCAGUGCUGCCGCAGCGGUCUGGAGAACCCAGACUCCUCCAUGGGCUGCUACGCCAUGCAGCCCGCGGACUACGACCGGUUCAAGCCGUUCUUCAGCAAGGUGAUUGCGGACUACCACGGCGUUGCCGAGGAUGCCAAGCACGUGAACAGCUGGGACCUGUCUGGGGUUGAGGGCCUUCCUGAGGGCGGCAAGCUCGACCUUGCGGCACUUGGGCUGCCAGCCCUGAGCAUGCGCGUGCGCGUUGGACGCAACCUUGCUGACUUCCCACUGCCAGGCGCCAUGACGCAGGAGGACCGCGUCAGCCUCGAGAAGAAGAUGUGCGAGGCGUUUGAGAAGCUCAAGGCAAUGCCCGAGUACGGGGGCGGGUACAACUCGCUGACGCCCGGGCACCCGGACAAGAUCAGCGAUGAGGAGUACAAGCAGCUGGUGGCGGACCACAUCAUGUUCAAGGACAUGGCGGCAGACCCGUACCUGGCGAGCGCGGGCAUUGCGUCUGACUGGCCGUACGGGCGCGGGUGCUACGUGUCUGAGGACCGCGGGUUUGUGAUCUGGGUUGGCGAGGAGGACCACCUGCGCAUCAUGUGCAUGAAGAAGGGCACGGUGCUGAACGACGUGUUUGACCGGCUCAAGACGGCGCUUGAUGUUGUGAGCGGGAUUGAGGGCCUGUCGUUUGCCAUGUCGCCAGACUACGGCGUUGUGACGAGCUGCCCGACGAACCUGGGCACGGGGAUGCGCGCGAGCGUGCACAUUGGGCUUCCGAAGCUGACGGCUGACGGGACAGAUGCCAAGGCGAAGGAGGUGUGCAAGCCGCUUGGGCUGAGCGUGCGCGGGAUUGGCGGAGAGCACACGCCGAUUGGCGAGGGCGGUGUGUGCGACAUCUCGCCACGCGCGCGCUUCUGCAUCACGGAGGCGGAGAUCAUCUGCGCGCUGUACAAGGGCAUCAAGCUGCUCAAGGAGAAGGAGGACGAGGCUUAAGCACAGCUUUCGCCUCAACCAAAUCGUCGCGAUAACACCCUGCACUCUCUCACACGGUUCAUUUACGCCAACUCAUGCACGCUGCUUCUUCGUACCACCCGUUCAACCAACCAUCCCAAUACCCACUCAGUGCAUUUGCAGCGUUGCUGCGCUUAUUGUCUGCGCUCACUUGCUUCUUGCUCUGCUCCAUCUCAUUUAUUCCACACCACCAUCAGUGUUUUACUUCCUUACGUUUGUGCGUGCUUUGUGUGCGUAUGCGUGUGAGACUGUUUGUGCGUGUUUUCCUCUCGGUUUCACCCCUCCUCUCACCUUCUCCAUCCCCACCAACACUCAAGUACAACUGCCAUGCACACGCGCGCAUGCGUCUGGCGGGUUGGUUUACUGAAAUCACCAUACACACAUGGAACCAAA